CUGCCGGCGGGGCUCGGUGCUGGCCGAGCUCCCCCCCCGGCGCCGCGCAGGGAGCAAGGCCGGGCUGGCUGCGUGGCCUGGGGCUCGCGGAGCGGCGCCCAGUAUAAACCAGUAUCCUGGGGGGGGGCCGAGGGUGACCCCGGGACCGAGCCCCGGGUUCCCAUCCGGCCGCGGCGGCCCCCGGGGACACGCGCGGCCCCGUCGCUCCCGCCCUGCCUGCCUGACCUCCCGCUCUCUCCGGACAGAGACCGGCCCUUCCCCUCCAGCAUCCCCGGCAGCGGCUCCGCUCCCGCCGCCGACACACGGCGCUGAAAUGACCUUGAAAGCCGGGAACAAGGGCACCUCGCCGGAUCCCGCCCGGGCUCGCUCGGGCCGAGGCAGCCCGGCCCCAAGUGCCUCCCUCUGCCUCUGAUCCUCGGGCUUGUUUUUUUUUUUUUUCUCGGGAGGCGAAAUCCCUUCUCGCCCUCUCCUGCCUCCGCCUCGUGCUGCCUCCUGCCCUGCGCCGGCAGCAGGGACAGGAUCCCGGGAAGCUCCAGCGCCGCCGGAGGGGCUCGGACCGGACCGCACCGCUGCCAGUGCCAAGCUGAUGCAUGAAAAAGCAGCUCCCCUGAAGAGCCCUGAGCCCAUGCACGGCCGUGAGAAACUGGAGGCAUCCCACAAGGAGAAGAGUUUGGAUUCCCUCGACGGCAGCCUCCACCUGAACGAAGCCCUGAAGGAUGAAGACAUCAAGAAAUGCCACCGGGAAGUGGCCGCUAGCAAGUACAACUCCCAGUACCACAAGCUGUUCAAGGACAUCCCGACGGAGGAGAGCGUGCUGAAAGUUUGCUCCUGCGCCCUCCAGAGAGACAUCCUCAUCCAGGGAAGGCUUUACAUCUCCCCCAACUGGCUCUGCUUCUACGCAAACCUUUUCGGGAAGGACAUCAAGGUUGUGAUCCCGGUGGUCUCUGUACAGCUGAUAAAGAAGCACAAGACAGCUCGGCUGCUGCCCAAUGGCCUGGCCAUCACCACCACCGCCAGCAGGAAGUACAUCUUUGUGUCCCUUAUCUCCCGUGACAGUGUCUAUGAUGUCCUGAGGAGAGUCUGCACACACCUGCAGGUUUCCAGUAAGAAGAGCUUAAGUUUGAAGGAGCUGUCAGAGGAGCCUGAUUCCGUGUCGCUGGAGGUGAUUGUCCCUGAGGGCAAGUGGAGGAAGGUGUCACCCACUUCACUGUCACUGUCACUGCCAGACACUGACUACCAGUGCAUCCACCGGACCUCUGUCAGCAGCCUGAGCGCCAAGGAGAGCUCCUGCACUUCUGAGGAGCCCUUGGUUUCAGAAAGUGCAAUAAACACUGAGGAGGAGCUGGAGGUGGAGCAGAGCUGCGUGGCGGAGCUGAGACCCUCUGACUACCAGCUCCUGAAGAUCUUCAUCGUGCUCAUCUGCCUCCUGGUCGUGUCCUCCUCCUACCUGGCGUUUCGCAUCUUCCGCCUGGAGCAGCAGCUCUGCUCUCUGAACCGGGACUACCUCUCCCGCGGGCACAGGAGGUGACCAUCACCCCCAACACAGACUGCGACGGUGGCCCCUGUGUAGAGACCCCAGUGCUGCGUCCUCCCAGCGUGGCUGUUGCACGUGGCCUGGCUUUCCCGUGGCUGGUAAAAUGGGACCAAGUAUCUUCUCCCUGCUGGCACCCGCUCCGUGUGGGACUGCCCAGCUGGCUCAUGGCCACCAGUGCCAACUCCCCCUCCUGCUGGAAACCCGUUUUGUCCCCGGGACGCUGCUGUGCUGUAGCACCAGAUGAUGGCUCGGGGCUGCCGAGCGGUUGGACCUCCCCUUAGGACUUGCUGCUAAAACGGGUGCCAGUUUUUAUUCCAGACUUGGGUUUUCCGUGUUAAAAGAUGGCCUUAGGCUGACAGCCUAAGGGCUGGGGAGCCCCAGGAAAUGGGGAUGAUUUGCUGCUGCUGCUCUGGGUGAAGCCCAAGCAGCAGCUCUGGCUUGAACCUGCCAGUUUGUCCCACUCUUGGUGCCCUUGGGACCACGGCCAGAGGGACGGCCCCAACCCCUGGGAUCUGCAGGGAGAGGGAGAAAGGAGCCACCAGCCCUGUGGGGUGUCAUGUAUCCCAGCACCCAAGGUGGGGGUACAAUCCAGAGACACCCCCCCAGCCCUCCUCUCCUGGAGCGUUGGGGCCUCUCAGAGCAUUUGGGGGAGGGGCGGCAUGUCCCUGCAAAGCACUUUAGGGUCCCCCAGACCAGACGUCCUCCCUGGGGACUGCACUGGGAAGGGUGCCAGACCAGGGCUUCGUUAGCCCUGCUCGCCUCGUUAAGAUGUCUGGAGAGAGCCCGUGGCUGGCACUGGUGAACAUCCUGGAUGGCAACGUGUCCAUGCCCUGGUUCCUGUUCACCUUGUCACCGCCUGGAGUCGAGUGCCACAGGAUUUAUCCCGCAGGAUUUAUUCCACAGCCUCCCCUGGGAGCGUGCUUGGGCAGCAGGUGAUGAUACCUGUGAGAUUUAUUUUGGUUUUCUUUCCAAUUUUUUGGGGAACUACAAGUGCUGAUGGGGCCAAAUCCCUGUGCCCUGGGGAAGAGCUCCCUGCUCGCUCCAGGCUUGGAACUGCUUUUACAUGAAAAUAAAUCCAGGAUUUUCUAGCACG